GCCGGCCGUGCGCCCCGGGGCCGCUGCCGCCUCCUUCGCCGGACCUGGAGCGGGCGGCCCGCGGAGCCGGUGAAGCUGGGAGCGCAGGCGGCAUGGCCCCGGGGUGGAGGAGUCCCGGCGGCGGCCUCCCCCGCGCCCUGUUCCUGCUGCUCGCCCUCAGCCUACGGGCUCUCGCAGUAUCAUUUUAUGGUGAUAGCUACGUGGAGUUGAACAUUGCAGAAUCAUCCACUCGAACAUCACUGCAGUUACGAUUUCGAACCAGCAAGCCCCAUGGAUUGCUUUUUCUUGCAGCUGGAAACGAGGAUCAUUGUUUGGUGGAACUGCACUCGGGAUAUUUACAGUUGAGAAUGAACUUUGGAGCAGGGGAACGAGUGCUGCGUUCUCAACGGAGCUCCCAGCUAAAUGAUUUAGCCUGGCACCUGGUUGAAUUACAUCAUGAAAAUGAUAAUGUCACACUGGUAAUUGAUAAACAUUAUAGGACUAGUACAAAAAUGCCUGGGAUUCUAUAUCAAUUAAACAUUGAAUAUGGACUCUACGUUGGUGGGAGCGGUACCCUUGAUGUUCCUUACCUUGAUAGAGCGCUAACCAAUUUCCGAGGCUGUAUCGAUGACGUGUUAUUCAAUCAGCAUGAGAUCCUAACAUCCCUGAGACCUUAUCCUGGGUUCAGAAAUGUUCAUGAAGUGUCACUGGGAUGCAGUGAUGAAUUCUUUGCAAGUGAAGAUGAGCCUAUCAGUUUCUUUAGUUCCAAAUCCUAUGUUUCUUUCCAGCUGUGGAACGUCCAGGGUGAAGGAUGCUUGGAGUGUGCAAUACAGACCUCAGCUCAGCGAGGCUUGCUGCUUUAUCAUUCUGGACGAGCAGGAGAUUUCAUUGCAAUGGAAAUUGAGAAUGGACUAAUUAAGGCCCAUAUUGGAAAGAGUAAAAGUAGAAUGCAGCUUUCUUCUCUUAAGUCAGUCAGUGAUAAUAAGUGGCACUCCAUUGAGUUAAAAUUUACUGCACAAUAUUUGCAGCUGAUGAUAGAUGGAGAAACAGUGAAAACAUCACUGCCUUCCCACAGCAAGAUACCCCUUCUUAAAGGGCCACUCUUUGUAGGUGGUGUAGAUGACAGUACACGGGUAGAAGUGAUAAAGUUAGAGCUAACCUCAGUUUCUGGAAAAUAUGCCAGAGGAGGAUCCUUCAAAGGUUGCUUAAGAGACCUGAAAGCCAAUUCAGAAAAGAGAUCAUUAAAGAAUGUUCUGGUUACAAAAGAUGUUUCAGCUGGAUGCAAAACAGAGAAUUCUUUUAAGACAAAUUUUUCUGUAGUGACAACAGAAAAGACUUCUCUUGUAACAGCAGCCUCCACUUCUGUCAAUUUUCCUGACAUCUCCAAACCCCAAGGCAAAGAGGAUAGUGGCCAUUUCUUGGUUCUAAAUAACUUGAUUGUCCCAGAGGGUGGACAAGCUCCACUUGAAUCUAAACAUAUUAAAGUAAAUUUAGAGUUUAAGAAAUUAGGGGUUCGUCAGUCACAGAUCUUUUUUAAAAUAAAGGAGCAGCCCUCUCAUGGUUACUUGAGAUUAGGUGUUGAACCAGAGCAGGAGAAGGGCACAUUUACGAUGUUAGACCUGUGGCAAGGAAGAGUUCUAUAUGUCCAUGAUGGUUCUGAGGACACUUACGAUAAUUUUACUUUUUCCAUUUCUGCCAGUAGUAAAAAGGACAUACCUCCAUAUCUGCAAGGAUAUGAGCAGCAUGUUUUUAGGAUUACCAUCGCCCCGACAAAUGAUGUUCCUGAACUUACGCUCCCUGAGGGAAACUUAUUUCUUUUGUUAGAGAACUCAAAGAAACGCUUGACUGCUGACCUAAUAAAGGUUUCAGAUCAAGACACAGACUCUGCCAAUCUCAGUCUUUCAGUACUUGGAAAUCUGAAUACAGAUGCAGGAUUUUUAGAAAAUUCCAAGAAUCCCGGAAGAGCCAUUAUUACUUUUUCUAACGAGGACUUAAAAGAAGGCAACAUUUUCUUUGUCCACACUGGGGUCAAGAACUCAAGGAUUGUGCUGCGAGCAAGUGAUGGAGAGAAAAUGAGCAACACAGUUGUGUUGCGUGUCAUGGCUGUUCCUUUGGAUUAUAAAGUGGUCAAUAACACAGGAAUAAAACUGCUACAAGGCAAUGCAGCUUUGAUCACACUCAGCCACUUGGCAGUUGAAACAAAUGCCAUCCAGCAAGAGAUGGAGAUACGAUAUGAGAUCACAGAAUCACCCCAAUUUGGUGAAAUUCAAAGGCAGCAUUCUAGCAGAGAGUGGAAGCAAGUAAACACUUUUUCUCAGCGCUCCAUUGAGCGCAGCCGUGUGAGGUACUAUAGUAUUUUCAAAGCAUUGCAGCUGGAAAAUGUUACAGAACACUUUAAGUUUAAGGUUCACAUUGGAAACAAAAUCAGUGAUGAGCUUAUGUUUCCAAUAACAGUGAAAUGGUUGAGGUAUAAUUUAUUGAACCAUGUUCCUCUAGAAAUUGAAAAAACAAAAAAGAAAUGUCUGAAUUCAGAUAAUCUUUUUGCUGUGAUGGUGGAUAUAGAAAUACCUGAAAAUGAGCUUAAUUAUAAGUUGUUGUCCUUACCCAAGAAAGGGAAAGUGCUCCUUAACAACCACGCCUUGAAAAAAAAUUCAACUUUUAGCCAAAAAAGCAUUAUAGACCGUGAAGUAGAAUAUGAAUUAAUCAACAGACCCCCUGAGAACACUCAGGAUUCAUUUAGAUUCCUAAUUUUUACAAAGUAUUUGGAGUCAAAUGUCUAUGAUUUCAAAAUCAAUAUUAAAGCAGAUCUCACAAGCAUUAUUUUGACAAACAAUGGCUUGACCAUAACUGAAGGUGAAGGAGCGCUAAUAACAAAAAGCAGAUUGUUUGCACAAACCCCGGAUAAUAAGGCCUUUCAAUAUAAAGUUACAAAGAGUCCUCAACAUGGGAAAUUAAAACUCAUUAACUUUUCAGAUUCACCAGAGAGUAAUGAUAACCUCACCGCUUUCAGUAACCAAGAUAUAAUGGGUGAACGCCUUAUGUAUGUCCAUGAUGACACUGAGACCAUGUAUGAUGAAUUUCUUGUCAUAGCAUCCACCACAGAAUCAGGAGAAUGGUGGAGCUCUGCUGUUGGAACAGAACCUUUAUCAGCAGAGAUAAGAUUUAAUAUUUCUGUUGAGCUGAAGAAUGACGAGAAACCAAUACGUGUGGUUGAUAAGGUAUUUCAUGUAAUUAAGAAUGGGCAGCGCUUAUUGACCUUGGCAGAUCUAUGCUACCAUGAUCCUGAUUCUGAUUUUGAUGAUGGGCGGUUGCUGUACACUAGGCGUGGCAUUCCUAAUGGAGACUUGACUCUAGUGAAUGAUAACACUCAUAGACUCUAUCAAUUCAAACAAGAAGACCUGGAGCAAAAGCGAGUCCUAUUUACACAUAGUGGUGCAGAUUAUGGGCGCUUUGUGUUAUUUGUAACUGAUGGCAAACACUACACGUCUUCCCUUCUAGAAGUGAGUGCUUCAGAUCCCUAUGUUAGACUAGCAAACAAUACAGGCUUAUUGGUCCAAAAAGGAAAAGAGAGUACUAUUACAACAACUAACCUUAGUGCCAUCACAAAUCAAGACAUUAGAAGGGAUCAUGAGAUUACUUAUGAGAUAUUCUUAUCUCCAAAACAUGGAAGAAUCUAUGUAAAUAAUCUAGCAACAGAUUCCUUUACCCAACUUGACCUAAAAAGGGGACAUGUGAUUUAUAGGCAUGAUGACAGUAACAACCUGGUUGACACAUUUAACUUUACAGUUUAUGCUAAGGAUAUCCACCAGGAUAGUGGAAUGCAUGUUCGUAUGUACUUGGAAAGCCAUCAACGUCCACCAAAGAUUGUACACAAUAACAACCUCUUAGUUGAAGAAGGAAAACCAGUUAAAAUCAGUAAGGGGAAAUUGCAGGUUGUACAUGAAAACAGUUCUCCAUCAGAGGUAGUGUUCACAUUAAGGGCUCUUCCAGUGCAUGGAUACAUUCGGAAGUUUGCAACAGAAGAAGGUUACCUUGGUGCAGAACAAAAGCCAGUUUUGACCUUUACUCAGCAAGAUAUUGAUGAUGGCAACGUUCAGUAUGUGCAGACAGUUUCUGACCAGCUACAAGACCAUUUUUCGUUGGAUGUGACCAAUGGCAUUCGAGUGGUCAAUGGAAUAGAAAUCUCUGUAGACAUCAUCCCUAAGCUGAUUCCAUUAGAAGUGCAGAACUUUACAGUAAUAGAAGGUGGUUCUAAAGCUCUGGUGGAAGACUAUCUAAAAAUUUCUAAUCAGCAUUUCACUGGACUCAAUUGUGAAUUUAUUUUAGUUGAGCCACCAAAGAAUGGGCAUGUUGGAAACUUUCGCUUUCCUGGAGUAAAGUUAACCAAAUUUACCAAAAAACAGGUAGAGCAAGAAUUAAUCUACUAUAUUCAUGAUGACAGUGAGGGGGUGAGUGACAAUUUUACUGUCAUAGCAAAUAACACAGAACUGUGGAAACAAAGUUUGCCCCAAACUAUAUUUGUGACUGUUACGUCGGUAAACGAUGAAGCUCCUGUUAUAAGUACAAACAAAAUACUUAGGGUUUGGGUGGGCUCAGUUACGGAAAUAACAGUUGAUGACCUUUGUGCAGAAGAUAAAGACUCCUCAGCAUCAGAGCUAGUGUAUUCUAUUACUCCACCUAGCAAUGGCCACUUGGCUCUUAAGUCUUCUCCAAACAAAAGCAUCCUUAAUUUUACCCAGGCUCAUAUAAUGGAAGGACAGCUGGUGUUUGUACACAAUGGAGCAAUGUCUGGAGGCUUCAACUUUCAGGUUACAGAUGGUUUGAACUUUUCACCUCGACAAAUUUUUAGUAUCACAGCUCGCACUCUAGUUAUCAGCCUAGAAAUUAACAAAGGACUGGGAGUGUUUCCAGGGUCUAGGAAACUUAUUUCAGCUCAUGAUCUGAAAGCUGUAACCAACGAUGUGGCCAACACAGGAAACAGAACUAUCACUUUUACAAUUGUCAGAGCCCCAAAACUUGGAAGACUGAUCAGAAUAGACACAGACAACACCACACAGGAUAUUUCCACUUUUACUCAAUCCAUGGUGGAUGAAGGCUUGAUCAUCUAUGAGCACACACAUAAUGAGGCUGUAGGCUGGAGUGCAGAAGAUUCCUUUACAUUUACAGUCUCCUCCCCACCAGCAGUUCUGGAUCUCCAGGUGUUUCACGUUGCCAUUUCAUAUGAAAUUAACAGACAUGAUCACAGUAGUCGCCUGCUUGCAAAUACAGGUGCUAUUGUUCAGGAAGGAGGUAAAGUCCUAAUCAACAAAACAAAUUUAGAUGCUUCAAAUCUAUUAGUUAAGUUACCCGAGGUGCAACGUUCUAUAUAUGAAGUCUGGUAUCAAGUUAUAUCUUUACCUCAGCAUGGCAUAAUUGUGGUUGGAGAAAGAAAUAUUACCAAAGAAAAACCUAACUUCUCACAGUACAUACUUAACAAAUUUGGAAUCGUUUACAUGCAUGAUAACUCUGAAUCACUUGCUGAUCAUUUCACUUUUGCUGUUUGGUUAAACCUGAAGAGUAAGUCUGCAAGAAAGCCUGAUACUGAUGUUUUGGAAGAGAUGUUUAAUAUCACCAUUGUUCCAGUGAAUGACCAAGUUCCAGAGUUGAAGACUAAAGGACUGCGUUUGAAAGUUAUGCAAGGAGAUAGAUCUGUGCUAGGACCAGAAAAUCUGAAAGUCGAAGACUUAGAUAACAGUCCAGGAGAGAUCAAAUACACCAUCAUUAGCAAUCCUACCAAUGGCUAUUUAGCAAUGAUGAACAAUCUCAGUACAUCCAUACAAGAUUUCACGCAAACUGAUGUUGAUAGUGGCAGAGUUUGGUUUGUACAAGAUGGAAGUUCAUCCUCUGGGGUUUUUUACUUUAGUGUGACUGAUGGCAAACAUCGCCCAUUAUACAAACUUUUCAACCUUGAAGUCACACCAGUUUCUCUCACCCUAGUCAACCUUACUGAUGUGAUACUUCCACAGGGUCAGACCUCUGUCACUAUUACUAAUGUACAGCUAUCAGCUACAACAAAUGGAAAAAGUACUGACAUUAGUUAUGAAAUAACAGUGCCCUUCAAAUUUGGCCAUUUACUGAUUGGAAAUGAGCAGGUUACUAAGUUUGAGCAGGCAGACUUAUACUCAGGAAGACUGUCUUAUCUUAUGACAAAUCUCAGUGCAUCCCGGGAUAUAUUGGAGUUUAUGUUGUUCACCUCAGAAAGUAAUCUUACAGGACAGGUACUCAAUAUCAUAGCAGAGCCUUUGGUGAAAGCUGCAUUUGACCUGAAAAUUCCAAACAGGAUGGCUUAUCAAUUAAGGAUCAAGGACCUGGAUGCUACGGAAUUAGCUAAUCUGACAAAUAGCAAUCCCAAAUUUGAAGUGAUAGUGGCCCCAGCUCAUGGAAGAAUUGUAAGAAGAAGGUUGAUAAAUGAUGCUAUGUUUGUAGGAAUUAAUUUGUUCACACAAAAUGACAUUGACAGAGGUGUUGUGCUGGUUGAUGUAGAUGCUAAUAUGACAGGUAUUGAUAUGUUAAAUGACUCGUUCACAUUCAUACUCAGGGCUGAUGAUGUGCAGCCUGCUGUAGGCUAUUUUCAAUAUGUCAUAAUGCCAUAUGAUCCUUUACUUGUGCAGAGUUUUACAAGUCAAAUGCCUUUCUUAACCCACACUGAUACUUUAAAAAUUCAUACUACUUCCAAGGAUGAGCCACCAGUUUCCCAACAGGAUGAGGAACAUACGGAAGCACUGGGAAAGACUGUACAGAUCAGGUGGCAAAACCGAAAUCGCUGGGGAAAUCAAAAUGAGGAAGAGUCAUUGCUUAAUGAGGAACCAGUCGAGAGCAGAUCUGCAAGGACUGAGACCACUGUUAAAGCAAAUGCCAAAAGUCCCAGAGUGAAGCCACGUGAAAGCAGCAACCCUUUGUCCAUCAUUAUCCCACUUGCAUCAGUGGCUCUUUUACUCAUUGUCGCUGUUAUUUCCGUGUGUUUUUUUCUAAUGUGUCAUAAGACAGAAAAGGCAAAAUCUCUCAUCAAAAAUCGAACACAGACAGUUCCCAGCACUCCAGGUCUCAGUCCAGAACGGAGCCUGACCGUACCCAUGGUCACAGUGACGCCUCUUCCAAAAGGGACUGAAAACAGCACAGCCACCCCAUUUGUGGCAGUCAGAUGUAAACAGCUCCUUCCCACACCAGUUGCUUCGGCUGAAAAAAAUUCUCUACAAAACAGCUGGUUAAACCUUGAUCCUGAAAUGCUCCAGCACUGUCGAAAAACAAACCCAACUUUGAAACACAAUCAGUAUUGGGUGUAGAGUGUGGCCAUUUUGGAUCAUGUGGAUUAAUAUCGUUUAAAAAAAAAUAUAUAUAUAAUGUUGACAUUUGAUCAUUCUUUAUUAUACUUAUUUAUUAUGGGUCAAAUUCUGCUCUCUUUACUUUGAGCAUGAUCCAAACCUCAGUGAAGGCAAUGCACUGACUCCUAUUGACUUCAGUGGGCUUUGGAUCAGACUCUUAGUUAUUAUAUAGACAAAAUACCCACUGACUUCAGUGCCUUCUUUAUCCUUGUGUAUUUUAAAUUAACUCAUUAUGUGCAGUAUUUGUUAUUACCCUUGAAAGGGAUAAGGCAGCAUAAACAUGGUGUCAUUUACUGUAUAUUUUUAUACACGAUUACUUUUUAAAGACUCAAAUUUGAUACAAAUAAUUUGUAUCUUGUCUGAACCAGCUUACUUUAAAGAAAACACAACUGUUUUAAUAAAUAAUUGCCAAAAUGCUAAUCUCAGGCACGUCAGUUAAACCUGAAUGCUGUUCAAAGACCAGUGCUAAAGCAACAAAGCUGUGAUUAUUUUGACAAGUAUUCAUCAAGAUCCUUGGGCUGGAAGCCUAGGAUUCUUCUCCAAGGAUACUACAACAGUGAUAAUAGAUGCAUGAUUCUGGUAAAACACUUAUUACUAGGAGCUUUUGUUUGUUCUUUUUGUCAUUUAUUUUUAAACUCUAGCCUCCAAGGUCUGCUGAAUGUCAGAAUGCAUGUCUGACCUCUAAUCCACAUGGCAAAAAACUAUCAGCCAGCCUGUCUACAGCAUUAUCUUUAAGCUCUGGGUUUUGUCUACAGAAACAUAUCGAAUGUCCUACUGCUGUCUAAGGGCUGAAUUCUGUCCUCAGUAACACAAGUUCUGCUGUGUUUGAAGUCAGUGAGUCCAACCUGUGAGACAGCAGAAUUUAGUCCUCUACUACUGUACAAUAGAAUUUGUUGUUAAACGACUGAGAAAAAUAAAUCUGCGUGAAGUUGAGAAAAUGAAUAUACUAUGGAAGAGUUUCAUAACUUAUUGUUAUCAAGGAACUUUAACCAUUUGUGCCUUAAACACUAUGAAAUAAAUUACUUACUCCAAUUUAGCUACAUAGAUAAAAUGUGCAAUAAUUUCUCUUUAAAGGAAAUAUUUUUAUUUGUAUGAAAGUCCUUGCUAAGCAGUGAUCUACAAUCCAGUUUUAAGGUCCAAUCCUGCCUUCAGUGAAGACAAUGGCAAAACUUCCAUUGACUUCAGAGAGCAGAACUGGACCUUAAUAGAAGAUUGCUGAGAUCUUAACUGGUCUCAUUAUUUAUCGCCUGAUCUAUUUUAAAAAUUUUAUUUGGAAGACCAUUUCCCAGCUUCUAAACUAGCUUUUAUGAUCACGUACCUGGUGUGGACUCACCACAAUGCUUUACAGAGCUCGUACUAAAAUGUCAUUGUAAUUUGACAUCCAAAUACUACCAUUCUUACUUUAACAUCCAGGACUGUAGCUGUAUAAACGUUCUCAUUGCCAUUUCCUUUGCAGCAUAAGGAACUGUUUAACCAUAAACGGUAUUCCCCCAUUUAUUUAUUCCAUUUAGGUGAAUUUCAUCCCAGUGCAGGGGGCCUUGCCAAGACCUUGGUUACCACUAUGCCCUGAGGGCCAAAUUAUGGAUGCUUAAGCACAGGAGUGCUGGGGAAGGGAAGGCACAGGAAGCUUUCCUAAUCCCUCACCUCUCCCAGCCAUGGACAGCUGUAAUUAAGAUGCUUUAUGAUAUGUCAUACGGUAUAGGGAUUCCAGAGGGUCCAUUUCUACUGGAAAGCCCCACAAGGGUAUAUAAACACUCAGGGCCAAAUCCUCAGCUGGUGAAGUCAGUGGAGCUACGUCAGUUCAGACCAGCUAAUGAUCUGGUCCAUAGGUCAAGUAUUCCCAAAUUAAAAUGUUUGAUGACUUAGGGCCCAACCCUGCAGUCCUUGUACAAGCACAACUUCCACUGAGUCCAUAAGGAUAAUGUGAGUGGAUCCUGAAUAAGAAUUACAGAAUUAAACACUGGUCACUGGUGGACUAUUGUUGUGAUUUCAGAAACUAACAUUUUACAGUCAAUGUCCGAUGUAUUGUUUUUACUUCAUCUUAUAAAUGUAUUUUUGUUUUGUAAAAGUGGGAUUUUUUAAAAGGAUCCUUUUGUGACGUUGCACUCCAUAUGUUUUAUGGAAAUGUGCUUAUGAGUACAAAGUAACUGGAAUAUGCUUUAUGCAAAA